AUGCCCGCCAAGCAGAAGAAGGGACGCGGAAAGACGGUAAACCUUUUCGAGUUCAAUGAGGACUACAUCCCAGAGGAGGCCCUCGACUGGGCCGAGGAUGAUUGGAUGACGGCGGAACAGGUCGGCGAGGCGAAGUUGUCAGAGAAAUUUGCGAGGCAGCGGCAGGAGUACAGCCGCAUGACAAACAACACACUAGACCAACAGGAAAGCUUCCGCACAGCGGCCGUGUCGGAGCAGAAGAGGUCAUUCACCAUUGACGACCUGCAGCCACCGUUUGUGGCCCACUUCGGUAACCUGCGCAACGGCACGACCGAGGAGGACUUCCUUUCCCUCUUCAACCGCGACGCCAUCGCAACCCACCGCCUCAUCAACCAGGAUGGCAAGUCCUUCGCGUUUGUGGAGUUUGUCUCCGCACAGGCGCUAACGGUGGCGCUGUCGCUAGACCAGACCUUCCAGCGCGGUCGCCGCAUGUAUGUCGACCUCGCCACACAGAAACAAGUGGAGCGACUGCUUAACCGCAACACAAACGAGCGUCCGGGCAUGUCACGCGAUGCAGCUGGCCAGCAGCAGCCCGCCGGUCUCGCCGUCAUGGGGCUGUCCCGCGACGUCUUUGGCGGGCAGCAGCCUGAGGAUCAGCCGGGAAUGCCGAUGAUGGGCGGCCGCUCGAACUUCGGCUCCCGCGUGGACCUCCACAGCCUCAGCGACCUGUCACGCGACAUGCUAGGCUCAGCCGUGCAGCAGGCAUCGCCCACGUCGGGCAGCCCGAUAUGCAGCGCUGGCUCCCCACUGAACUUCGGCAACUGGCGCAACGACACCCCAGAGCAGCAGCCCGAGUUUUCCAUCCUGCACGACAAUGGCCGCAGUGAGGAUGGCAUCGACCUCCGUGCGGGCAACCUGCGCCGCAGCAGCGGCCCGGCAAGCCCGACCCCCCCGGCGGCGCUGCCAGAGCCGAGGCCGAACCCGUUCGGCGGGGAGAUGGGCAACUGGCGUGACGCCCCGCGCGCCGAGGUGCCAAAGAUGGAGGAGGCACCAGCGGUCGCUGCCGAAGGUGACGCGACAACUCUGAGCAAGCGCAAGUCGGAGGAAAACAACGCUGGUGGCGCCAACAACAGCGGGGCAGCCAGCGGCACGAAUAGCAACGGUCGCGGUCGAGGCGCAGGCGGCCUCGGUCGCGGUGGCGCAGGCCCCAGUGACAGGAGUUACUUCGCCGGCGAGAGGAGCGGGUUCGGCGGUGAGCGCAGCGGGUUUGGUAACGAGAGGUACGCGCCAUCCAAACCGCCCGGCCCCGUAAACAUGGACAAGUGGGCUGACCUGCGCCGCAGCUGA